AUUAGUAGUAAAUGAAAUACAAUUAAUAAUAUUGCACUGCAAAUAAAUAAUAAUAAAAAAUGUUUACAUUGGAUAAAAUUUCGACUCAAUUGUCGUAUAGAGAAAAAACGCAGUGCGUAUUUGAAGAAUUGGGAAGAUGUUCAAUAAAUCGUGAAUUUGGUAUUGUAUGUAGAGAACACGCGAAACAAAUUUUCGGUAUUGCAUUAAUAAGUGCAGUUGUUGUGCUACCAACCGGAGAAUCACGGCAUCAUGCAGUUGUAUCAACUGAACCACGUAAUAUAUUUUUACCAUUUCCCUACGAAUUUACAUUCAAAGCUGAUAGAACAAUAAAUCCUGAAGUGAAACCGUGUCUUAAAAGGGAGGUGCUGCGUGAUGAAAUAAGCCAUUACGUUCAACAAAUGGAAGUUAAUUCACCGGCAUUAAGUUAUAAUAUUGAAUCAGCAUUAGUAAGUUUGUUAACAGAUGGUUUAAUGUUUAAUCAAGCAUUACGACAAGCAUCAUAUAAUUUUCAAGUAUUUUGUAAUCCUAACAUUAGAAUGUAUUUAGAAAAAAGAUGGGAAAAUUGUUUCGUUACGGUUAAGCUUACAGAAGGUGGAACAAGGUUUGACGAGUACCCAAUUAAAAUGUUGCCAUUAUUUUAUCAGAUAAUGUUUAUGUACUUAACACUGAGUAAUAAUAAACUUGAUCGCAGAACAAACCCUCAAGCAGCAAAUACUUAUCAUCAACUUCAACCUAAAAUAAUAUUACACGCUACACGCUAUCGAUUUGAAUAUUGUAAUCAUCAAGAACCAUCAAAACUAUGUUUAUUACGCGGUAAUGCCAAUUAUGCUACCCCCCUCGUACUAGCUGGUAGACAAGUACAUAAAUAUAAUAUUGAAUUAUUUAAACAAGGCGCAUAUUACAAUUAUUCAUUGAAUGAUGAUUUUGAAUUUUGUGCACAGUCAGUGACCAAUUGA